UUUAUCUAUCAUUAUCAGUUAUCUAAUCACUUCACUAGUUCACUUAGUAAUUCACUUUUACGGUUUACGCAACCAAUGCCCAGCCCUCUGUGCAUGUUUCCGCGUUUACUGGAACAACAAGUGCCGAUUUUGAUUACUAUUGAUUUCAUAAUUAAUAUUGUUGUUCGUGAAAUCGAACGUGUAAUCACUUUUUAACCGCCGAUAGCUUUAACUUCAGUCAAAGUUUCAUCACAUGUUCACAUCUCACAAGUGAUCUGAUCUCACAACUCAAUAGUUACUUGCACACCUUGAUUACCACUUAUUUGAGGGUCAGAAGUCCGUGCUCUAUUUUGCGGUACAAUGGCAGACAUCCCUUCUGUUUUUAUAACUGGUGCAAGCAGAGGACUUGGUCUGGAAUUUGUGAAGCAGUUUUUAUCAAGCCCACUUGUUAAAACCCAAGUUGUCAUUGCUGCAUGUCGCUCUCCUGACAAAGCCAAUGCUCUACAGGACUUGAAAAAAAAUGACUCAAGGUUGCAUAUUGUACAAUUAGACGUAUGUCAGUUUGACUCAUAUGAUCCCGUAGUAAAUGAAGUGCGUGCCAUUGUCGGUGAUAAAGGACUCACGCUUUUGAUCAACAAUGCUGGGAUCCUUCAUCGAGUACGAAAUUUGGAGGAAGUAACUGCUGACCUAAUGCUGUCAGUCCUCAAAACGAACACUGUUGCACCUCUAUUGCUGACUAAGGCUUUCCUUCCAUUACUCAAAACAUCUGCAAAAGUUAAUGCUGCGAAAGUCAACAAUGCUUUGAGUGUAACUCGAGCGGCUGUCAUCAGCAUUAAUUCAGGUCUUGGAUCGAUAGAAGACAAUGGAAUGGGUGGCUAUUACGGCUACAGAGAAAGCAAGGUUGCCUUAAACAUGAGCGCACAGUCGUUAAGUAUCGAGCUUGGCCCAGAUGGAAUCCUAGUGGAAUCUAUCUACCCUGGAUGGGUCCAGACAGAUAUGGGUGGAUCAAACGCAGCUAUUGACGCCACCACCAGUGUCAAUGGGAUGAUCAAGAUCAUGCUUGACAUGAAGGAAAAGAAUAAAACUGGAUUCAUUGGAUGGCAGGGAAAGGUGCUCCCAUUUUAGUCAAUUUAUUCUACUCCUAUGAAUAUGAAAUCACUUCAGUUCAUGCAUUUGCACAUCAAUCGAGAUAUACUCUAAGAAAUACUUUUGGCUGUAUGUAUAUGUCUAAGUUAUUGUUUUUACUCAGAAAAUUUUCUAUUUGUAGAUAAUAUUGAUCAACAAUUAAACUGAAUUUUUUCAAUAA